AUGAUUGGUUGUUACUGUGGAAACCGUCAGAAUAUUCCAGAAGUGAUUAAAAGCACAGGAAACCAAAUGUACAUUACUUUCAUGUCUAAUCAUGAGGGCUCUUCAAGGGGAUUCUCUGGAUUCUACCGGUCAAAUUAUGGUCCUCAGCAUGGAUGUGGUGGAGUGCUGCGACAGUCCAACGGAACAAUUACAUCAUUGGAUGCAGAUGGUAAUGGACUUUAUGAGGAUGAUAUGGACUGUGAAUGGCGAAUAUAUGUUGAUGAAAACAAAAGAGUUACAUUAAAUGUAAUGGAUCUAAACUUAGAGAACGAACUUUUCUUCGGUUGUCAAGAUUAUUUACAGAUCUAUGAUGGUUUGACAAAAAAUGAUGAAUUGUUGACAGAAUUAUGUGGCAGCUCUGUCCCUAACUAUACAAUUUCUGCAUCAUCCAAUGUUCGUCUUGGUUCACUUCCACACAGACUGGAGAAGGAGUUAUGCUGGUUUCAAUCUUACGUUUCGAGAGCUGUUUGUGGUGGAGCCCUCAAUGCUACAAGCACACCUCAAACAAUCAGCUCGCUGAACUACCCCACUGCUGCUGGAGAGACUGUCAGCUGUACAUGGUUCAUUGAUUCUGGUGACCCUAGUCAGCAUGUGAGACUACAUGUAACUGAUCUACAGCUCCUGGAAAGUUGGGGAUGCCAGUCUGAACGUUUAAUUUUCAGUGAUCAGCCAAAGGGAGACUACGCACAAGAGCUGGUUUACUGUGGCAGUGUCCUUCCUCAUUCAUUUGACUCUAUAGGAGCACGGGUGAAGAUCAGUUACUACCUCAGGACAACUUCUGGAAGCCAUGGCUUUCAGCUGACCUAUCAGAUUGCAGAUUGCAACCAGAACAUCAGUAAAGGCAGCGGUCACUUCGUUAGCCCAAAAUACCCAAGUUACUACCCAGCUAACUCUAACUGCACUAUCCAAGUUACCUCCCCGGAAAACACAACCUUGGCCUUGUACUUUCAUGAUUUUAGGAUUGAGGAUGCCCCUGCAUGUGGUAAAGAUUUUCUGGAGAUUAAAAAUAGCUCAUCUGCAACUGUGGCCAGAUUAUGUGGCCAUAACCAGCCUUCACCUGUAUUUAUGACAGACAAUUUGGCAACUCUCAGGUUCCAGUCAGAUGCUGAAGGCGGCAAUGUUGGUUAUGAUAUCAUCUUCAUAUCUUCAACACAAGGGCCAGGAUGUGGAGGAAAUAUAACAGGUCUGGAGUCAGGCGAGUUCACAAGUCCUGGAUACCCCGGCAGCUUCUCUGACCCCAUGACCUGUGUCUGGUUUAUCACCCCUGACACCGGAAGGACAAUCCAAUGGCAUGUCUCAUUCAUGUCUGAGCCAGAGGGAGACUGUGACAACAAUUAUGUGUCUUUUUAUGACGGUUUUCCUGAAUUUAAUACAUUAAUUAGUCAUUACUGUGCA